CGCUGUUAACGGAACAGGAAGUCAUCGUAAAUAGCCGUCUGGCAAGUAAAUAUUCUACAGACGAUGCUAGCUAUGCCCUGGACCGACACAAGAAAUGGACAGCGACUCCUGAAUAACUGGAGCAAAGAUGAAACCAUUUGCUUUGUCGAGCACAUUAAGCUUUAGACAUCACACUGAGAGCCUAUAGCCAUGGAUGUCCAUGUUCCCAAAAACAAUGAAAGCACCUUCCCCAGCUUCGGGGAUCUGGAUAAAUUUCUUACCCAGCAUGACUCGAACUUUAUCUGGCUCCUUGUUGCCACCAUUCUGUCCUGUGGAUGGAUCAUCUAUUUAACUUAUUACAACUCCCGCAACAUUGGCCUCAUCCUCACCCUCAUCAUUAACAGACUCUACAAGGAUGGCUACAUUCACAUUGGCUCCUUCUCCUUCUCGGUGCUGUCAGGGAAAGUCAUGUUCAGAGAUGUCUACUACAUCAACCAAGACAUGUCUAUCAGAAUACAGGAUGGCUUUCUUAUUUUCCGUUGGUGGAAAAUGUAUAACCCAAAACAGAAACAGCAUGAUCCCAAGGCAGAAACCAGACUUUACGUGACAGUUAAUGGCUUUGAGUUCCACGUCUACAAUCGCACAGACCUCUAUGCACGACUACAGGAGACCUUUGGAUUAGAAUCCACACUCAAAACACCAACAAAAGAUGACGAGAGGGGGCGAGAGGACCGAACCCAGACCCUGGAAAGUGUGAACAUCAAGGCAGAAAGUCCCGACCCUGCGUCAUCCUGGCGCUCCCUCAUUCCUGUAAUCAAAGUUAACAUCAGCACUGGUCGGCUGGCAUUUGGAAACCACCACCUCCCCCAGACCCUGUGUGUAAACUUUGAGGAUGCCUUCCUGACAUACGCCACUAAGCCUCCAUCCAGCCACCUGGACCAGUACAUGCACAUCGUUAAAGGUUCACUGGAGAACGUGCGCGUCAUGCUGGUUCCCAGUCCACGCUAUCUGGGCAUGCAGAAUGACGAACCUCCAAGACUGAUGGGUGAAGGCUUUGUGGUCAUGCAGUCCAACGAUGUUGACAUUUACUAUUACCAAGACGAACCGGGCCUGGUCCCUGAGGAGCAGCAGGCUGGGGAGGAGGCAGAAACAUGCAGUGAAGGUGAUCAGCUCCAGGAUUUGCCCCCAUGUUGGGGUCUGGAUAUUGUCUGCGGAAAAGGAACUGACUUCAACUAUGGGCCCUGGGCAGAUCGCCAGAGGGACUGUUUGUGGAAGUUCUUCCUCCCAGCUGAUUACCAGCCCAUGAAAGUGACCGAGGUUGCCCAGCCAGGAAAACCGAGGCAGAUUCAGGCCUUUGAACUUCGCAUGAACAUCAUAGCUGAUGCCACCAUCGAUCUGCUUUUCACUAAAAACAGGGAAACCAAUGCCAUCCAUGUGAAUGUAGGUGCAGGCUCUUACCUGGAAGUCAACAUCCCCAUGACUGUAGGAAACAAUGGCUACUCUCCCACUAUCAAAGGUCAGCUGCUUCAUGUGGACACCACCAGCAGCAUGCAGUACAGGACUCUCUUGGAGGCUGAGAUGUUGGCUUUUCAUGUGAUAGCCGCUUACCCUCGGGUGUGGAACAUGCCUCAGUCAUGGCAGUGUGAGAUCGAGGUGUACAAAGCCACCUACCACUUCAUCUACGCCCAGAAGAAUUUCUUCACAGAUUUGAUCCAGGACUGGGCAAGUGAUAGUGCCCCAGACAUCUACUCCUUUGUUCCCUAUUCCUGGAAGUUCAAGAUUCUUUUCCACCAGUUUGAGAUGAUCUGGGCAGCAAACCAACACAACUGGAUCGACUGUUCCACCAAGCAGCAGGAGAAUGUGUACUUGGCAGCGUGCGGCGAGACGCUCAAUAUAGACUUCACUUUGCCUUUCAAUGAGUUUGUUCCAACCACCUGCCAUACUCGCUUCAGCUUGAAGGCGGAGGACACAGACAUGCGACUCUCCCUGCCAGAGUGCCACCCGAGCCGCUACCCCCUCCUCACCCUGGCCAAAGACUACCAGAACAUCAAACUUCCCCCAGACAUGUUCAUGCCGGGGGAGACUCAAGGUCCUCCCCCUCCCAAACCCACCAAGCCCCGCUGGAGGAACAUCACCCACGCAGAAGCUGGCUGGGUGGAUUGCUGGAGUGUUCCCAACUUCUUGCUCAUCAUUGACUACACAUGGCAUCCCAUCUACCCUCAGAAGGCUGAUGAGCAGCUUAAACAAUCAUUGUCUGAGAUGGAGGAAUCUAUGCUGUCAGCGCUACGGCCCCCUGAACACACUUCCGUACCCCACAGCGUUCCACCACGCUACACCUCCACAUCUGCUUCAUCCACUCACAGCCGGAUGCCCACUGACCCCUCAGAGCUGCCCCCUGACAGGCUUCAUGUAGAGAUGGAAAUGUCUCCAGACUCUCAGAUCAUCUUGUAUGGCCCUUUGCUGCGAGCAUUGAUCUCUAUCAAGGAAAACUAUUUUGGUGAAGACGACAUGUACACAGAUUUUGAGGAGGCACUGUCCAGCCCUGUGUUGUCCACAUCGACCUCCUCAGGCCUCGGUUGGUCUCCGCUUGGAAUGGAGGACACUCAACAGAAGGAAUCCGCAGACAUUCAUCCCCUUGAUCUGCGCCCUUGGGACAUCACUGUCCUUAUCAACCUCUACAAAGUCCAUGGCCGCCUGCCAGUGCACUGCAGCAGUGAAGGUCCCGAGGGUCCGUCCGGUUUCUUGGAACGACUGUGCUUUGAAAUGAAAAAGGGUUACAAGGAGACCAUGCUUCAGCUGCUCCUGUCUCCCAUUCACAUCUUCAUUAGUGACAACUACCAGCGUCCCACAGCAGACGGAGUGCUGAGGGACGGCCACCUGAGUCUGUCUGGUCUUCAGAUGAGAGCCCACGCCAUGUUCUCCGCUCAGGGCCUGCCCCUGGGCAGUGACACACUGGAGUACGCCUGGUUAAUCGACAUGCAGGCUGGGGGGCUCGCUGGCAGGGUCACAGUUCCACAGUUGGCCAGCAUGAUAGAGUGGGGGGAGACGUUCCUUUUCCACGUGGUGUCCCGAGAGUUCCAGCUGGAGCAACCCAAACCCUCCAUUAUUUGUCAGCAUGGUGUUGACCGCCGUAUCUGUGAUGCCAAGCUGAGCUGCCUACCAGGUCACUGUCGCACAUCAGAGGAGCUGAAAUACACCAUGACCCGACUCGCGAUGGAUGGAGUUGACCUCUUCAUUGUAGAACAUGGCUGUGCUGCCAGCAUCAAGACGGGUAUUAUUCGCAUAGCUAACUGCAACCUGCACAACCAGGCGGUGGGAGAGGGCAUCAGUGCCGUGGUGCAAGACGUGAACGUCCGACAGUUCAUUGAGCUGCAGCAGCACAGCGAGGUGGCCAGGCUGCAGCCGGCCGGACAGGGUCAGGCUCCAGGUCAACCGUUGGGUCUCAGUCAGCUCCCCAUGCUGCGGCGCUCCGUCUGGCUGGAAGCAGGCUCAGUCAACCUGAACCUAAUCACAGCAGACAUUGCCCUGGCUGCUGACCACCAAGCCAAAUGUGAUGUUCAGAGGCAUUUUCUGGAACUACAUGAUGCUCAGACCAAAAGACUUUGGUUCUUGUGGCCAGAAGAUGCAGGCAUUCGAAACAAACGCACCAAGAACCGCUGUGGCUGCCUCGGAGGCUGCAGGUUCUUCGGAGGCACCAAUAUGGGCCAGGACUUUUUCAAGCUUGAUGAGCUGACGCCGUCUUCCUCAUCUGCCUUCUCCUCCUCCAGCACAGAGUCUGACAUGUGCUAUGGCCAGUCCUUACUGCAUCCUGGGGAAUGUAUAAUCACAAAGGAAACGCCUAAAGUGGAUGGGAAAGUUGUUGGAUUGAAAACCGCCACCCACUCGCCAUGCCUGCCACCUGAGCUGCCUGAAAGGCAUGGUCAGCAGCAUCUAAGUCUCCAGGUGCCCCACCGCUCCCACAGUUCGGUCUCUUCCUCUGAAGAAAAUAGUUCCUCCAGUGCCGCUUUACCGCUACUGGCUGGGGAGAGGGAAACUCCUUCACCAAGUACAGAGGAGCGCAUGUACCCUAAUGGAAAAAGCCCUGCUGACACCCUAGGCGAGUUCCCAGAGGCUUCUCCAGUCUCACCCAACAGCUCGCAGGACCGUUCCUCGGUGCGCUCGCCCCUCUGCUCUCCUCUCAAGCGCCAGUCUUCUGUGCACUCAGGUCGGCUUGGCAGCACCAAGAGCCUGUCAGCUGCCGUCUUCACCGACAAGCCUCCGCCCGUUUUGACCGGAGGCGUCCAGUUCAGCAGCGAGGUUUCCCGCAGCGACGAGAACGUCCUAGACUCACCUCGCCAGCGGAGAAGUUACGGCUCCUUUCCCUUCACUCCAUCAGCGGACUCCAAUACAUUCCAUCAGUACCGGUCUGCAGACUCCAGCAUGUCUGUGGCUGACAGUGAGGCCUACUUUUCUGCUGCGGAGGACUUUGAUCCAAUCAGUAGUGCAGAUGAGGGUCCGGGCACAUACCCUGGUCGAAAAAGGAAGAGGAGGCAGCAGAUGCAGCAGCCACAGCAGCCUUCAUAUCAUAUGGAGAACUACAGCCGGAGCUCCAUCUACCACAGCGUUGAGGGUCCCCUCACCUACGUUCUCAAUGGGGAGCUGAUCACAGAGCCACGCCCCCUGCCCAUGCCCUCUAUACUGCCCCCGCUGCCCCCACAUUCCCUGCCCAGCCACAUGUCCCAGGCCUCCUUUGUUUCAGCCCUCGGCAUGGAGGAGGAGAGCUCCGUUGAGGCAGAGAAAAUGGCCGAGCCAGGACCAGUCACUCGACAGCCCCACGUCAUGGCAUGUUACCAGAACUAUCUUGCCCACUACCAGGUUUCAAACUGGUCUGUGAAACAGCCUACCAAUAAGAGAACCUCCAAAUCUUCUCUGCACCGGCCCCUAGACCUGGAUACGCCCACUAGUGAAGAGAGCUCUGCCUCCUUUGACCAGCUCUCUGUGCCCAGCUUUAAGGUGACAAAGCAGGGCCUGUCAGCCAGCUCGCUGCUGGAUAGAGGAGUUCAGCUGAUGGGUGAAAACAACAGUACACCAUAUACACCUCUGGAUAAAAGAGCCAUGGAGAACACGGAUGAGGACACAACAACAGAUGACUGGACUCUGGAGCAGCCGCUGGCUCAGACUAGGACCACUGCCAUUGUGGAGGUGAAAGGGGCCAUUAACGUGGUGCUCACACCCCUCGUAGCUGAAUCCUUGGACAGGUAUAUUGAAUCCAUGGUCCACUUUGCUAGCAUCCGUCACCCUGCAGCCAUUUUAGAUGACCUUCAUGGGAAAGUCUUGAAUGAAGCCUACCAGAUCAGCAAGUCCACAGUCACGGAAUCUAGCCAAACAGCCAAACAGGACCAUAAACUGUCCAAGACAGAGGGCACGACCCCCGGUUCCCUCAACAUCUCCCAGGGCCAGACAGACCUGUCCGUCAAACCAGAUAAUGUGAAAAUCAAGGGGCUCCAGGCCAAUGUCUCUAUCCCCAAGGUAAACCUCUGCCUCCUGCAGGCUUCUGUAGAGGAGGGGUCACCGUCUUGCUCCAGUAAGUGUGUCACACACGUGUCUCUGGUGGCGCUGUGUUUCGACAGAAUUGCCACCCAGUUCAGGAUGAACAGAGGUAUUGUAGAAGAGACUCCCAACACUACAGAACACGGCCGACCAUCCGUUAUGUUGGAGAAGUACGCGUCAGCUACUAAAAUGCAGCCUCAGUCAUCUGGUUCUCUGCGCUCCAAUGCCGGCAUUGAGAAAGGCAAAGAGAUUGCUGCAAGGCUCAAUGUACACCGUAUCCACAGCCAGCUCCGAGGCCUUGACUCCACAGACAUUGGCACUUGUGCCAUCACAGCCAUUCCCUUUGAGAAGUCCAAAGUUCUGUUUGGUCUGGAGGAAAUGGAGGAGUUUUCAAUGGUCGACGAAACGGAUGCCCAAGCCACAGCAGGUGAUCUGGGCCGUUCCUCGAUAUCCCUUGAGAAAUGGGGCUGGAUUAUGUUUGAGUGUGGCAUCGAAAACCUCACAGUCAAAGGGGGCCGUCAAUCAGGAGCUAUUCUUUACAAUGCAUUUGGUGUAAUGGGACGCUCAGACAACGGGGGGAAAACUGGCAUGUCCAAAUCCAACGAUUCGACAGGUUCCCAGACAGGCAGCGGUUACAGUACUGAUGUUUCUGAUGACAACCUGCCACACGAUACCAUGAGUCCUGCCUCUGAUGUCAAUGAACACUCCGACUCAGACGACCAGGAUGAAGGGGUCGAGUCAGAUGACCUGAAGAAGGACCUCCCCCUCAUGCCCCCACCACCCGACUCCAGCAGCAUGAAGCUAACUAUCAGGGAGAUCUGGUUUAGUUUUGCUGCUCCCACUAAUGUGCGCUCUCCUUCGCAGGCCUACUCAAGGCAGUUGAAUCUGCUCAGCACUGCCACACCUGCCAUCGGAGCUUGGCUGGUUCCCAUCGACCAGCUCAAGUCUUCGUUACGUAAACUGGACAUGGAAGGCACGCUGCGUGUGUGCGCCGUCAUGGGCUGCAUCAUGACGGAGGCUCUUGAGAAAAAGAGCAUUCAUAUCCCUUUCCGAAGCAAAUACAACCGUGUCACUAAGCGAGCUCGCUACCUACAUGAGAAUCCCUCCUGUAUGCUUUGUAACAUCCUGCACCGGUAUCUGCAACAAGCAGAUUACACGGUCAUAGAGGAGGCCACCAUGAAUGAUGGCGUUCCAGCUCUUGUGACGCUAAAGAAAGGACUUGUAGCUCUGGCCAGACAAUGGAUGAAGUUUAUUGUGGUGACUCAGGGCUUCAAGGCUAUUGGUCUGAUAAGGCCCAACCAACUGGCCAAGCCCAAGGAGCCUCAGCAGAGCCUGGGUGAAACCAUCAUGGGCCUGGACAACGGUGCUGCGCUGCAGAGUGACACCAGUGCAGACGGAGCUGAAUUUGAAUAUGACGCAGCCACAGUGAGUGAACACACCAUGUUGCUGGAGGGAGCAUGCAGUCGUCCACCACCAAAGGAAGCCAACUCUGGUCCUGUCAGCGGAGUGGAGAUCAUGAGGAAGCUGUCCAAGUCCCACACACACAACGAGUCUGUGCUCAGGAUAAAGGGCUCCCAUCCGUACCAGUCGCUGAGUUACACCAGCGGUGACACAGCAGCGGACUCGCCUGCCCACGUGAGCCGCGGCGGCCUGCCAGCCAAGGACAGCCCCAGGAAGGAGAGUCUCCUGAGCAACUUGACAGGCAGCUUUCGAAGUCUGCACAACCUGCUGGAGGGCAUGCCUCAGAGGAACGAGCCAUCUGCUGCCGCUGCAGCCAAGAGCAGCUCCCUCACUCGCACAGGAAACAGCUUAGGAACAGACAUGCUAACCGAGCAUCCGCUUCUGUCAGAGCCCUCCUCCGUCAGCUUUUACAACUGGAUGUCGAACGCGGUGAGCAACCGGACCGGUGCUGUGACCCAGGAGUCCCCCGUCAACCGGUCCCAGCACAACAGCCUGCAAACAGGUGGGAUGUGCAACCUUCCUACAAUCCCCUCGGCCUCGGACUUCAACACCGUGCUCUCCAGUGACCAGAACACCCUUGAUGGAACCCACUCACAGCAUUCCCAGCACAGUACAAGCCAGGAUGAAAUUGCAGAUAUAGACGAGGGCAACCAGUGUCCUGCUGCGGUUCAACUGGCUGAUGCUCAGGUUGUUUUCAAGCCUUUGCUGAGCUACACAGGCAUUCAGGCUCAGGACACCACUCCUCUUAGUUAUAAGAUGUAUUUUGGGGAGCAUCUGUCUUUCUCUGGAAACCUUGAGUGUCUGAGAGCUGACAUUGUUGACUCUGACACCACGAAAGAACACAAAAGCAAACGAUCUAGAAGACAAGGCAUGGUCCACCUUCCACCACUUGAGUUUAAGCCAGCGCUUCUGAUUGAGACGUUCAGCCUGAAUGCAGUGGUGAUGGAGAAGUCAACCAGCGCUCCACAGGGCUCCACUACAGCCCCCCUCUCUUUCCACGACCUUAACCGACGCCACUACAACACAUUCCACUGUGAUUUCACCACAGCCUGCCAGUCCAUCAGCCAGCGCGUAGACAUGGCCCUGGUGCGCCUUAUACACCAGUUCAGCACCAUGAUCGACGACAUCAAAGCCACACAGACCGACAUCAAGCUGAGCCGGUACACUGCUGGCUCAGCCUCGCCCACCCCCACCUUCAAGGCACGGCCGUAUCGCCAUUUCAGGUCAUCGGACUUCAGCCGCAGCUCCAGAGGCAGCCUCAACGGAGCGGGCCGCAGUGGAACCCAAACCCUGAAGAGCAAGAGAGGAGUAGGGGCAGGCGUUAGCGGAGGUCUGCCUCCUAACGGACCUCCGUCAGGCAUGGACACGCUAGGGAGACGCGAGCCACGAGGACGCAGCUCUCUGGGACGUUCUGAGCGUCGCACCUCCAAGGUGUCGAGGAAGGGCUCCCGUGACGUGGCAGACCACAUGGCAAUCCAGAUGGAUGACUCCGACUCCAUCACCGUGUCGGAGCAGAGCGAGCCAUCAGCAGAAUGUUGGCAGAACAUGUACAAGCUGCUCAACUUCUACUCCCUCAUCUCAGAUCCUACUGGCAUCCUGGAGAAAAGCUCCCCGGAGAACUGCCUUCCAGAAAGUGGACGCCGGCCCUCAGAGCCACUCUGUAAAGUCAUCUUUGAGAAUGAGCAGCAGGACUCCAACACACCCAACAAGCCCUCAGGAGGGAGGAGGCGCAGCCUGGUGAGCUCUGAGCCCCAGCAUGUUACGCUUAUUGUGUUCGGCAUCGGCAUGGUGAAUCGCACCCACCUGGAGGCAGACAUCGGCGGCCUGACCAUGGAGGCUGAGCUGAAGAAGAUCCACGGAAGCUUCACUCUGAAGGAGAAGAUGAAAGAUAUCCUGCACCAGAAGAUGACUGAGACAUGUGCAUCAGCACAUAUAGGAGGAGUGAACAUUGUUCUACUGGAAGGGAUAACUCCUGACAUCCAACUGGAGGAUUUCCCAACAUCUCCCACCAGCACAGCUAAACAAGAGUUUCUAACUGUGGUCAAAUGCAACAUUGCCAAGUCCCAGGCCUUGUACAGCGCCCAGCGAGGGCUGAAAACCAAUAACGCAGCUGUGCUGAAAGUGGGAGCCAUCAUGAUCAACAUCCCCCAGCACCCAGCUACUUUGCACAGCAUGAUGGUGCGCAGCUCCCACCAGCUCUCCAAACAGAUCUCUGACCUCAUCCGCCAGCCCUCCAACGUUCAACCUCCUAACAGGGAGGACACCCCCACUCCUCAACCCUCUGACAAAGCAUCCAGCAUCAAUCAGACCCCUGUAGACGCCAACGAGUUCCCCCAGCUCCCCGAAGGCUUGGAAAAGAAGCCAAUUGUUCUCAAGUUCAGCGCCAUGCUGGACGGCAUCACCAUUGGGGCUGCCCUACUGCCCUCGUUGAAAGCGGAAUACAAAAUGGGUCGCAUGAAGAGCCACGGCAUGACAGGAGCACAAACCAGUUUCACAUUUGAGUUGCCAAAUCACAAGCUGUGCUUUCAGUCGAAAGUGUCCCCAGUGGAUAUGUCCACCAUGCCACCGUCAGCCAGCCUCACUUUGCCUCCAGUCACCAUGUCGGGAGAGUACAUCAUGGAAGAUCACGAGAGCCAUUCUGACCAGGGCUGGGCUCCAGAGGAGUUCCCAGCAAAGCAGGGAAACUACCUUCAGGGCAACUACCUGCGCUGUGUGGCUGAGAUUGGGUCUUUUGAGCACAACCUGACCACAGACCUGCUCAACCAUCUGGUCUUCCUGCAGAAGGUUUUCAUGAAAGAGGUCAACGAAGUGAUUCAGAAAGUGUCAGGGGGAGAACAACCCAUCCCCCUAUGGAACGAGCACGACACCUCAACAGACGCAGACAAACCAAAAAUCCUGCUCUACUCGCUCAGUCUUAUGUUUAAGGGAAUCCAGAUGACAGCCACCACUCCCUCGAUGCGGGCCGUGCGCUUUGAGACAGGUCUGAUCGAGCUAGAGCUGUCUAAUAGGAUCCAGUGCAAGACUCAGCCUGGCGGUAGCAGCAGCUACUUGAAGCUCUUUGGCAAAUGUCAAGUUGACCUCCACCUGGCCCUCGGACAGAUAGUCAAGCACCAGGUGUAUGAGGAAGCUGGGUCAGAUUUCCACCAGGUGGCGUACUUCCGGACUCGUAUUGGUCUGAGGAAUGCCCUGCAGGAGGAGAUCAGUGGCUCUUCAGAUAAAGAGGCUGUCCUCAUCACACUCAACAGGCCUAUUGUUUUUGCCCAACCAGUGGCUUUUGACAGAGCUGUGCUCUUCUGGCUCAAUUAUAAGGCAGCGUACGACAACUGGAACGAGCAACGUUUGGCCCUGAACAAGGACAUCCACGUAGCCACCAAAGAGGUAGUAGACAAACUGCCAGGCAUCCAACAGACGUCCGCCCAGGCCUUCAGCACCCUCUUCCUGCAACUUACUGUCAAUGACCUGGGCAUCUGCCUGCCGAUCACCAGCGCCGCAUCCCAGAGAGGACAUGUACCAGCUACGGAGGGCACCAACUCUGAAGCUGGGGCCAGCACUUCAGUAGGCCAGCAAAAAAAUGCACGAAAAGCCAAUCACGCCAUAGACUUUGAUACAGGCUCUGCGCUGGUUCUUACCAUCGAGAGCACGCUGAUCACUGCCUGCUCCUCUGAGUCCCUUGUAAGCAAAGGACACUUCAAGAAUUUUUGCAUCCGCUUCGCCGAGGGCUUCGAAACCACCUGGGAUGACUGGAAGCCUGAGGUCCGAGGAGAUCUGGUCAUGAACGCUUGUGUCGUCCCGGAUGGUACAUAUGAAGUAUGUUCCAGAACUACAGGGCAACCCUCUGCAGAAAGCAAUAGUGCAGGGACCUGGACUCUCAACGUGCUUUGGAAAAUGUGCGGCAUUGAUGUGCACAUGGAUCCGAACAUCGGCAAGCGGCUCAAUGCCCUGGGCAACACGCUGACUUCGCUGACGGGCGAGGAGGAUGUAGACGAUAUCGCUGACUUGAAUUCUGUCAACAUGGCGGAUCUGUCGGACGAAGAUGAGACUGAUCCUAUGUCACCAACCAUUCACAUGAGUCCAGAGAGCAAGUUCAGCCCUCGGCUGACCUUAAGGAAGCGUCUGGUAAACCGCAUCCUGGGCCUCAAAUCCAGGCCUGAGAGUGUUUCUGUCCCAGCUGACUACUUAAACUGUACAGCGCCUCGCCUCCGAGCGGGCAGCGACAGGGCCCCACGGCCUUUCUCCUGGGGUUGUGAACCCAUUGAUCCCAGAAGGCAGAUGGUGAUGGGGAACCAGGUGAUCGAUGCUCGAGGGAGGAAGUUCACCAAGAGGGUGGUGGACAUCAGAGAGCUAAAUGAACAGGCAAAGGUCAUUGAUGACCUGAAGAAAUUGGGGGCCAGUGAAGGCACCAUCAACCAGGAGAUCCAGCGCUAUCAGCAGCUGGAGUCUGUGGCUGUCAACGACAUCAGGAGAGACGUCAGAAAGAAACUGCGUCGCUCCAGCAUGAGGGCGGCCUCUCUGAAGGACAAGUGGGGUCUUGGCUACAAACCAAGCUACAACCGGUCCAAAAGCAUCUCCUCAGCAGCAGGGAGACCACCUCUGAAAAGGAUGGACAGGCAGAGUUCCAGAAUGGGUGAUGUGGAUGAUUUACCUGAUAUUCGCGUGGAUGCUUCCUCUCCUGGACCCCGGGUCACCUUCAACAUCCAGGACACGCUUAAUUAUCAGGACAUGGAUUCUUCAAAUGCAUCUGUCAGUCCAGGAGAAAUAUUCAAGUUUCCUGAGGAGACAGUUGUGGACAUGUUGUCAGUCACCAUUGAUGAGCCAUCCCAUCCUUAUCAUCAGCUCCAUCCUCAUUCUUCAUUCGUUAGUGAGGGCCAGCACUCAGUUUUCAGUGCCCCUGGCACCCCUGCUGUCUUCUCACCAACAAUUCCCUUCCAGCGCGACGACCUGUCGUCUUCCUCCUCUGAAGACUCUGAGAAGGAGGACGACUUUGAACGUGACAGAGCGCCAAGUUAUCGAAGGCCUAUACAAACAUCUCACAGGAAGCCCUCAGGCUUUUCUGCUGUGAGUCAGCUGUUGAGCGAGCGCUGGCCGACCACGCCAGCCAACCGCAGCUUCAGUGGACCAACAACCGAACGGAACAUUGACUUUGAACUGGAUGUCCGUGUCGAAAUUGACAGUGGGAAGUGUGUCCUUCACCCCACUACCCAGCAACCAGAGCAUGAGGACGUUUCCUUAAGGAGGAGCUGUGAGCGCAGCCUCAAGAGUCUGGACCAGGAGUCUCCCCCCAAAAAGAAGAAGCUGCAGCCAGCCUACAGCUCCACCACGCAUCUCCUGGCCGGGAAGAAGUGUCCCUCCUCUCUGCAGACCAAAUCCAAUGACAUAGAGACCACAGUCUUCUACAUUCCAGGCGUGGAUGUUAAGCUGCACUACAACUCCAAGACCCUGAAGACGGAGUCACCCAAUGCUUCGCGUGGAUCCUCAUUACCCCGCACUCUCUCCAAAGAGUCCAAGCUGUAUGGUAUGAAAGAUAGCGGUCCUCCCAACCCUCCCAAUGCUGUCCAAAGCAAGACUAACUCGCUCCUACCUCCCCCACCCCCACCAAUCCCAUCAGCCAAAGGGAAGGGCAGUGGAGGGGUAAAGACUGCCAAGCUGUACGCCUGGGUGGCCCUCCAGACUUUGCCAGAAGAAAUGGUCAUCAGCCCCUGUCUGCUGGACUUCCUGGAAAAAGCACUGGAGACCAUUCCUAUCACCCCUGUGGACAGGAACUACACAGCUGUAGCUUCCCAAGAGGAGGACAUGGGUCAGUUUGACGCAGUCGAGCAGCUGGAGGAGUCCACCACCUCCCUUGUUUCCUCUUCUACAUCGGCCUAUUCCUACUUCCCUGUAGAUGUGGUUGUCUACGUCAGGGUCCAGCCAUCUCAGAUCCGCUUCAGCUGCCUGCCCAUGUCCAGAGUGGAGUGCAUGCUCAAACUCCCCUCUCUCGACCUGGUCUUCUCCUCCAAUCGGGGUGAACUGGAGAACGUGACAGGAGCCCACCCGGCUGAUGGAUCCCACGCGCCCUCCUCCACACCACCGGGGCAGCACGUCCCCAAGCUGCCACCCAGCAAAGCAUCUCCGUUGUUGGGAAGCCCUCUGGGCAGGAGCCGCCACAGCAGCAGCCAGUCGGACCUCACCACCACCCCCACUAACUCCUCCGGCCUCAGUUUCACCGCCUGCAUGUCUGACUUCUCCCUCUACGUCUUCCACCCCUACGGUGCUGGCAAGCAAAAAUCUGCUGUCACAGGCCUGCCUCCAGGCCCAGGGCCAUUGGGUACAGUAGAUGAGGAGCCGUCCUCAGUAACGGGAAGGAAAGACUCUCUGAGCAUCAACCUGGAGUUUGUGAAGGUCAGCUUAUCCAGGAUGAGGCGCACCGGAGGCCCCACCUUUAUUGAAAGCUUCAUUCCUGGCAAAGGUGGUAAAAUGGACACCACCCUCAUCAACAUCUCAGCUGUGUGUGACAUCGGCUCAGCUUCGUUUAAGUAUGACAUGAGACGGCUCAGUGAGAUCCUCGCGUUCCCGAGAGCCUGGUACCGACGAAGUAUCGCCAGGCGCCUUUUCCUCGGAGAUCAGACCAUCAACCUACCAGCCUCUGGCCCCGCAACCCCUGACUCAGCGGAAAACGUCACCCAACACCUGUCCCCCGAGUCCAGCCGCAAAGCCUAUUGGAGAACGUGGGAUGGCAGCACCGGGACACACAUGCCUCAGUCGCCCAACGUCUUCUCAGAGCACUCAACUGGAAGCAAUAUGUCCCCCGGCGGAAUGGGCCACCUCAAAUCCCCUGCACCUGUUCGCACCAGGAGCGUGUCGGAUUCCUCGGCUCCUAGGAGAGAUUCUGUGACAAAAACAUCCACCCCAUCGUUCAGUAAAAACGGCAAAGCUGCGGGUCAGCAGGGGUCGCCCUGGGAGACCUUGGUGGUGUUCGCCAUCAACCUGAAACAGCUCACGGUGCAAAUGAACAUGAGCAACGUCAUGGGGAAUAAUACCUGGACGACCAGUGGCCUGAAGAGUCAGGGCCGGCUGUCUGUCGGAAGCAACCAGGACCGGGAGAUCAGCAUGUCUGUGGGCCUCGGCCGCUCCAAGCUCGACUCCAAGGGCGGGGUGGUGGGUGGCAAUAUAGACGUAAACACCCUGGAGAUGGUUGCACAUAUUUCUGAACACCCCAACCAGCAGCCCAGCCAUAAGAUCCAGAUCACCAUGGGCUCCACAGAGGCCAGAGUGGAUUACAUGGGCUCCAGUAUCCUUAUGGGUGUUUUCAGCAACGCUGACCUGCGGUUGCAGGACGAGUGGAAGGUCAACCUUUGCACAGUCGACACCAGCCUGUCAGAGAAAAGUGAGAUCUUCAUCCACGGGGAUUUGCAGUGGGACAUUUUCCAGGUGAUCAUUUCGCGCUCCACCACGCCCGACCUCAUCAAGAUCGGCAUGAAGCUUCAGGAGUUUUUCACCCAGCAGUUCGACACCAGCAAGCGGGCCCUCUCCACCUGGGGCCCCGGCCCCUACCCGCCCCCUAAGACGCCCGUCAUCAGCGCAGAGAAAGGAGCAGCUGAGCUCUACAUGGAUGCGGCCCACCACCGCCACUGGCCCGGGGUGCUGAAGGUAAUUGCCGGCUGCCACAUAUCCCUCUUCCAAAUGCCUCUGCCUGAGGACGCCGUGCAGCUGGGCGGCUCCAUGAGCCUCCACGGCAAUCAUAUGACCCUGGCAUGCUUCCACGGGCCCAACUUCCGCUCCAAGUCCUGGGCUUUGUUCCACCUGGAGGAGCCCAACAUUGCCUUCUGGACAGAGGCGCAGAAGAUCUGGGAGGACAGCUCCAAAGACGACUCAACCUACAUUGUCCAAACACUGGAUUUCCAUCUCGGUCAUAACACCAUGGUGACCAAACCCUGCGGCGCGCUCGAGAGCCCCAUGGCCACCAUCACCAAGAUCACCCGCAGGAGGCACGAGAACCCUCCUCACGGAGUGGCCACUGUCAAAGAAUGGUUUAGCUACGUCACUGCCAUGAGGAAUGAAGAGCUGAACUUGCUCAGGAACGUAGAAGCCAACAACCAAGAGAGCGGAGCCGCUGCCAAGAGCUCCAGUCUGCUGAGCAGCUUCCGCAGCUACAACCACGAAACCGAGACCAUCUUUGCCCUUCCCAGAAUGCAGCUGGACUUCAAGUCCAUCCACGUGCAGGAUCCAGAUGAGCCUUCUCUGGCAGACUCUAACAGCAAACCCAAAGUGGAGUGCAGCGUCGUGACAGAAUUCACUGACCACAUCUGCGUCACCAUGGACGCUGAGCUCAUCAUGUUCCUUCAUGACCUGGUGUCAGCGUAUCUGAAGGAAAAGGAGAAAGCUCUUUUUGCUCCGCGGAUGUUUGCCGCUCGGCCCGGCCAGAAGAGCCCCACGGCCCUGCAUGACGACGCCGCCACGGACAAGGACAAGGACGAGUGCAUCAACUACACCACGGUGGACUGGAGGGAGUUCGCCUGCAACACCUGGCACCUGGAGCCGACCCUCAGGCUCAUCUCCUGGACGGGACGUAAGAUCGACCCAGUGGGGGUGGACUACAUCCUGCAGAAGCUCGGCUUCCACCACGCCAGAACUACAAUCCCCAAGUGGCUGCAGAGGGGCGUGAUGGACCCCCUGGACAAGGUGCUGUCUGUGCUGAUCAAGAAGCUGGGCACCUCCCUGCAGGACGAGAAGGACAAGAAAGGCCGGGACAAGGAGGAGCACUGAAGAGCCCCGCCGUCACCGCACCUCCAGCUCUGCACCGCGUCCACCCCUGAACCCUGUGAAUCUCAGCCUGCUGGUUUUUGCUGUGGCACACACUACGAGCAGCUCUGACUGAACGGUUUGCACCAAUGUUAUUUCCUGUAUAUUCUGAACAAAGUAGCAGAUACAUUGCAUUACUUGACUGCUUUAAUGAUUAAACCUGCCUCUUACAUGUUGUGAACCUACUGAAACGGCCUGAAGGUUUAUUUUAAGGCUUAUUUCAUGAGAAAUGAAUUUUUAAACCAUUGCCUUUUCUUUGUUUCCCAUGGAACACGUGGUAGAUACGCUUUAUGGAGUUAUGAGUUUUAUAGCUUUAGGUAUUUAUGGUCAGUGUUUUUUUUUCCUGUGUUUUUAGUGUGAACAAAUAAACACUGGCAGGUUGCGGCACAUAAUCUACCAUCAGGAAGAAAUAAGCUUGUAAUUAUAAUUUGAUCCAAGGUUAUUGUUUAUGUGUAUGUGAAACCCGAUUCGCUUGGUGUCAAGCUUGUUUUUGUCUUUUUUAAAUCCAUUCAGUAGAACCACUGUACAUAAUUACAUUUCUUAAAUGUGUUGAUUUCCUAACUUAAUAAAAAUAUUGCCAUAUAAUUUUA